AUGAUGGUAAUCAAAGUGCUGUACUUUGCGUCAGCGAGGGAAGACAUCGGUCUGCGUGAGGAGAGGCUACAGCUACCGGACGAGAGCAACAUCACGCUGGCGUCACUGCGCCGGCUGCUGCUGGACAAGUACCCGCACGCCACGUCGACCAUUGAAAGCAUCACGUUUGCGCUCAACCUCGAGUACUCUGACGACGACGUGGCACUGACGGAUGGAGACGAAGUGGCACUCAUCCCUCCCAUUAGCGGCGGAUAA